CAGCUGCGGGUCACAGGGAGGCUCCGUCUGCCCCGUGGAGAUGUUGUAAUCCGGACCGCGGAGUUAUUUCGCUCUCCUCCCGUCCAUGAAUGGAGCAGUGAAUCCCUCCGCUCGGUCACCAUGUGGAAGCCUGUCGGCGGGUCGCGGAUCGCCGUCGGCCCGGCGGGACCUCGCCCCGCCGCCGCCGCCGCCGCGGUCACCUGCCUGCUGCUCACCGGGAUGCUGCUGCUCACCGGCGGACACCCGGGCGGCGCCACCGCGGCGGAGUCUCCUUCUCCCGGGGCAAAAGUUUUCUCCACGUAUUUCAAGAGGCUGACCCGGGAGAAGAGAGCGGCCGGCGGGCCGCCGCGGAGCAGCGCUCCCCCCGGGCCGCUGGAGCGUCUGUCCGCCGCGGACCUCUUCAUCGCGGUGAAGACCACCGGGAGGUAUCACCGGCAGAGGCUGGAGCUGCUGCUGGACACCUGGAUCUCCAGGAGCCUGCCGCAGACGUACGUGUUCACUGAUGGAGAGGACGAGGGGCUGAGGAGAAGGAUGGGCUCUCACCUGAUCAACACCAACUGCUCUGCAGCGCACAACCGUCAAGCCCUGUCCUGUAAAAUGGCUCUGGAGUAUGACGCUUUCAUCAACUCUGGGAAGAAGUGGUUCUGUCACGUUGACGAUGACAACUACCUGAACGUCGGUCCCCUGCUGGAGCUGCUGUCUCGGUACAGCCACUCUCAGGACGUGUACAUCGGCCGGCCCAGCCUGGAACGACCCAUCGAGGCCACGGAGAAGCUCCACACCACUGAAAUGAAACAGGCGCGUUUCUGGUUCGCCACAGGAGGAGCGGGCUUCUGUCUGAGCCGCGGCGUCGCUCUCAAGAUGAAGCCGUGGGCGAGUGACGGCGCCUUCAUGACCACGGCCGAACACAUUCGCCUGCCUGACGACUGCACGGUGGGAUACAUCGUGGAGGCUCUGCUCGGGGCCAGCCUCACCCGCUGCCCGCUGUUCCACUCCCACCUGGAGAAUCUGGCACUGGUGUCUGACAUCAACAAGCAGGUCACUCUCAGCUACGGCACCAUGGAGAACAGCAGGAACACUGUGAAUGUGAAAGGACCAUUCUCAGUUAAAGAAGAUCCCACCAGAUUCAGGUCUGUCCAUUGUCUGCUGUACCCAGACACCCCGUGGUGCCCCAGCCCCCGGCGGCUUUGACACCCCUCCAGAGACAAAGGCGGGAGGAGGGGGUGAGACGCACACGGCCGGAGAAGAGGAGGGAAUGGCUGCAGAGGCUCCGUCUAAAUGACUCCCUCAUGCUGCACAGCAGACCGAGUCUGAGGGGAGGAAUAUUCUCAUCAGCUGAGCUGGUGCUCGCCACUAAAAAGCCCCAAAACUUCUAACAGUUUAUCAGCAUUGUACUCACCAACAAUCAUCUAGAUUUCAGCGUGCUGGAAGGCCACUGAUCUGUUCCUUCUGGCUUCCAGGCUACAUGCUGACGUUGCUUGAAGUGUACUCUGUAGUAAGAAUCAGUGCUGUUAUCUGGAACAAACUCUUAAAAUAUUACUCACUUUUAAAGUGCACUUCAGUGCAUUGUCAAGAGCAGAUCUGUCAUUCAUUAAGGCAGGUUUACAUUACUAAGUAAGUAUAUAAAACAUGUUUUACUUAUUUAAAAAAACCUGAUUGGCCUGAAAAAUUGGCCUAUUGGAGCCACUUGUGGGCCAGUUUUUGACCAGCGGGCCUUAUGUUUGACAUCCCUGCUUUAAAAACAUGGUGUUGAAAACCUUUUUUUUUUUUUUUUACUGUGGCUUGACUUGAUUGUUUCUGAUUUUUUUUUUUUUUAAUUCAAUGCAGAUUAUGCCAUGCAGGAUAGCUGUAAAACAGUGGUAAAUAACUAAAGUGGGAACAUCUUUGGCGUCCUGCUGUGCUGUUUUCUGUCUGAAAUUAAUCAUCAGACUCUAUUUAACAUUAGUAAGUUUUCACAGGCUGUUUGAUAAAGAAUUCCUACUUCAAACCUUCACCAGUAUAAACCAGCACAGACAAGUUGAGUCAAUGUGGGGAGAAAGUGCAGGACGUGCAGAUCUUUACUCUCAGGUUGGUGAGUACAAUGUUGUCAUUCCGCUGGUAAAUCAGCAUGUUUCAUUCCAGUAAAUCAUGAGAAAAUGUGUCAGUUCCUUGGCAGUGCAGUUGUAGCAUCUUUUUUAUUUGAAGUGUUGAAUCCACAGGAGGAGAAAUCAGGAGAUUUUUUUGUACCAUGGUGAAAGAUGAUUUAAAUGCAGAUUUAUUCCUUCAUGCUACACACUCAAAUACCAACAAAAUAUGGGUGGAAAUGUUAGUCAUGUGCUUUUGCAUUAACAGAGAAACAGGUAACAACCUCUUUAUUUCUGUCACAUUGGUGGCACCGUGAUAGAAAUACAAAAUGUUACUGAAAGGUUUUGGCAAAGUGAACAAUUCCAACAUUGUUCCUGCCGAAACAGCCUCAAGUGUUUCUAUCGCAGCCUGUCCUGCUUGUACAUUCCCAGUGUCUCACAGCUGUUCAGCUGCUUCACUUCGCUACACGCCACAGACUCGGCACACAACACUGUUCACAUCAGUCGGACUCAGAAGGAAGGAUCAGUGACUUUCGAGCAUCUUGACGCACAAAAAAAAACUCAGUAUUCAGUGUUAACCUCUCUAUGAAGUAUAUAUCAUGACUCAGCACUUUUUCCACUUUGGCUUUUUGUUUUACUACUUCUCAAUUUCAUCUGAUAAAAGGACAUAAGAGGAGUUGUUCAAUACUUUGUGAAACAUAACGGCAGAUUUCCCAAAAUGUCACAUAAUCUUUCGUGCCCCUUUAAACUCAUAAACUGACGUUUCUGACACAAGUCAUCCUCCAACAAAUGGAGGGUAUUUCUGUUUUAAUGUAUGUAAAUGGACAGACUGUGAUCAGAAGUUUAUGUAAAUGUAGCAGUAUAAAAAUAAUGGUAUCUACUUUGAGGCUUUAUUGAGAAAUGACUCACGUUGAGUCGUCUUCUACCUUCCUGUAAGCAGUUCCUUUGCUGUUAUGCUGCAAGUUAAUGAAGGCCGAUUGGUUCGAUGCUGUCCCUCUUUAGGUGAAUGUAUGUGAUGAACCGUUUCUUCUGAUGCUCUCUCCAGUAUCUGGACUGUAUGUCGACGUUACGGUGAAAUAAAAACUGUUUU